GAUGAACGCAAUGUCAAUCAUCAACGUUCACUGGAACACUGCUGUACAUGGCCGGCCAAAGACUGUCAACACUUUCGACUGUAGUAGCUACAUUUAGACCGGAUAUAAAUCCCACACAGGGGUUCUGCUUCUGGUUCAAUGUCCAAGUACAAACUCUUUCUGCUGAGGCAUGGGGAGGGGGCCUGGAACAAAGAGAACCGCUUCUGCAGCUGGGUUGACCAAAAGCUGAGCGAGGAUGGGGUGAAGGAGGCCCAGGACUGUGGUAGGCUGCUGAAGGAGCGGGGCUACAAGUUUGACAUAGUAUUCACCUCCAUACUCAGCCGUUCCAUUCAGACAGCAUGGUUGGUGCUGGAGGCUAUGGGUCAAGAGUGGGUCCCUGUGGUCAAGUCCUGGAGAUUGAACGAGCGCCACUAUGGUGCCCUGAUUGGCCUGAACCGGACAGAGAUGGCUCAACAACAUGGAGAUGAAAAGGUGAAGUUGUGGAGAAGGAGUUAUGACAUCACUCCACCUUCGAUUGAUGAUUCCCACCCUUACUUUCUGGAAAUCUACAAUGACCGCAGAUACACCACUUGUGACGUGCCAAAGGAGAACCUUCCCCGAGCAGAAAGCCUAAAGGAGGUGUUGGACAGGCUGCUGCCAUACUGGACGAGCACUGUGGUGCCAGAGAUAAGGAAAGGCAGGACUGUGCUCAUUUCUGCUCAUGGAAACAGCUGCAGGGCUCUGCUGAAACACCUGGAAGGUAUAUCAGAUGAGGAUAUUGCCAACGUGACUUUACCUACAGGGAUACCUGUGCUGCUUGAGCUGGAUGAAAACCUCAAGCCUGUGAAACCCCGGCAGCUCUUGGGAGACCAGGCGAAGAUUCAGGCGGCAAUUAAAAAGGUGGAGGACCAGGGAAAAGCCAAACCAUCAACUUAAAUGCGCUAAACUGCCUGUAAGACUUGACAGAGCCACAUUUUUAUUAGGUACAAUGAAAAGCUUGAACAUAACUCAUUAUAACAUCUGCCGAUAACAACAACAAAUUGUUGUUAAUACUAUUUAAAGGAUAGAUGUGAAGUAGCUGUAUGUGUUGUAGUGGCCUGACAUGAAUGCAGAAUGUGUAUGUCACAGGUCAGACUGGUCUGUCAGGGGCAGGAGAAACUACUGUAAAUGUUUAAGCACGGUGUUGAGUUGUAUUAUAUGUAAGCAUUGAGGAAGUGUUUGUAUUGUGUCUGAUUUUUAUGCUAGUUGUCCUUAUUUAUGCCUGUACGGUUAUUUAUUUAUUACUCAUUAACUCUACCUUGAAGAUUUAUAAUAGAUUGGUGCAGCUGAAAAAUCCUGCAAUAUUUCAUAUUCAGAAAUAGGAAAAUCUCCUUUCCUAAAGAUGCUUUUUGGUUACAUUGAUAAGCUUUAGGGUUAUUUCCUCGCGUUUCAACUUGUGCCUUCAGUAUUAACAUAGUGCUCAGCUACUUUUUAAGAAAUAAAACCCUCCGUUAACAAAUAUUACUUAAUAGAUAUUGAAAACCAGCUUGUUCAUUCCAACAACGGGGUAAUUGUGAGCCACAGAAAUGUUGUAAAUAUGUAAAACCACUGCAAUUCUGUUCUGUCCCACACAUAUGAGUUACUCAUACUGUUAAAUGGCCUUCUCAUUAAGAAUAAGACUGCUGAAGAUGUUUUUAUAUAAGGUUUAUUCAGUACAUUCACUCUGACACAAAAUUGGUUGAGUUUAAAGCGCUGUGGCUAACAAACAUGCCUAUUUGGGGUGAUAACUGGGUUAUGCUUUGCACUAUUUAUUAUAUUAUGAUUUUAUUACUAAGAUUUUUCUUAAUUAAAUGCAACAAGUGAACAUGUAAAUGGUAAAUACCAUUAUUUUCGAUAAAUAUGAAAACCAGAGUUUAGUGGUAAAACACAAGCACACUUUUUUUCUUCAUUUUAAAUUCUAAAUUCUUAUCAUGUAUGUGAAAUUUCAUGUUGCUUUGGUAAUGUUAAUAACACAAGUGAAAAUGUUACGAGCCACUCUUUUGUGUGAACAUUAUAUCUUACAGCAGCACUACCUUACUUGUCAUCUCAUGUUACCACUGUGUGUUGUAAUGCGUCUCUUGUUUGUAGAUGUAUGGCACUAUGCUUCAGUUGUGUAUCCUGUUUGUUUGUUGUGUUUCUCUGCCGCUGUUAUUUUGUACACUGGUCUGUUAGGUCAUAAAGGAAAAAGAGAUAAGUUAAGAACAUGCGUUUGUAGAUACUAAGAGUAGUAAGAGUUGAACACACUGAUAUAUUUGUAAUUUCUGUCAGAUGAUGUAAUGUCUUCCCCGCAGUUCCCACCUUAACGUAUGAGAGAGUAUGCAUGUUGAAAUAAAUGGGAAUUCAAAUUUUCCCAAAAUAUUA